AGCCCCGCAGGAGUCCUCGCUCAGGAACACACAUGCGCUCUCUCUCACUCUCGUUCACACACUCUCGCGUCGCCGGGGAGUCGCUCGCUCGGUCGGCUCACGGCGAGCAGCCUGCAUGAGGGCCCGCAGGAGGCGGAAGGAGGAAACCCGUCCAAAAAAAAGAAAAAGAAAAAAAAAAAACAACAACAAGGGAACCCGGAGCUACUACUUGUUGCUUUGCUUGGGAUUUCUUGCUUGGGAUGCGACGCUGAGAGUCGCCUCCAGAGAGGUCGGGGCGCCGACGCAGCGUGCCGGGCAGCCCGACGGACAAAAGCCCGCCCGCCAUGGAGGCCGCCGCCGCGGCCGCCGCGCCCUUCAGAGUCACCGUGAGUACUGGCUUCCUGAGUCGGCGGCUGAAGGGCUCCAUCAAGCGCACCAAGAGUCAGCCCAAGCUGGACCGCAACUCCAGCUUCAGGCACAUUUUGCCGGGCUUCAGGAACGCCGACAACGACAGAUCUCAUCUGAUGCCCAGGCUGAAGGAGUCUCGCUCCCAUGAGUCACUGCUCAGUCCCAGCAGCGCUGUGGAAGCCCUGGACUUAAGCAUGGAGGACGAGGUCAUCAUCAAGCCCGUGCACAGCAGCAUCCUCGGCCAGGACUACUGCUUCGAGGUGACGACCUCCUCGGGGAGCAAGUGCUUCUCCUGCCGCUCGUCAGCCGAGAGAGACAAAUGGAUGGAGAACCUGAGGAGAGCCGUGCAGCCGAACAAGGACAACAGCCGGCGGGUGGAGAACAUGCUGCGCCUUUGGCUCAUCGAGGCCAAGGACCUCCCCGCCAAAAAGAAGUACUUUUGCGAGCUGUGCCUGGACGACGCGCUGUACGCCCGCACCACCUGCAAGCUCAAGACGGACAACGUCUUCUGGGGCGAGCACUUUGAGUUCAACAACCUGCCGGCCGUGCGCGGCAUCGCGGCGCACCUCUACAAGGACACGGACAAGAAGAAAAAGAAGGACAAGAACAACUACGUGGGCUCGGUCAGCAUCCCCGUGGCGGCGGUGACCGGGCGGCAGUUUGUGGAGAAGUGGUACCCGCUCGGCGCGCCCAACCCCGCCAAGGGCAAGGCGUCCGGACCCAUGAUCCGCAUCAAGGCGCGCUACCAGAGCAUGAGCAUCCUCCCCAUGGAACUGUACAAGGAGUUUGCCGAGUACACCACCAACAACUACAUGCUCCUCUGCUCGGUGCUGGAGCCCGGCAUCAGCGUCAAGAACAAGGAAGAGAUGGCGUGCGCGCUGGUUCAUAUUCUGCAGAGCACCGGCAAAGCCAAAGACUUCCUGACGGACCUGAUGAUGUCGGAAGUGGACCGCUGCGGGGAGAACGAGCACCUGAUCUUCCGCGAGAACACGUUGGCGACCAAAGCCAUCGAGGAGUACCUCAAACUGGUGGGGCAAAAGUACCUCCAGGACGCUCUUGGCGAGUUCAUCAAGGCUCUGUACGAGUCUGACGAAAACUGCGAGGUGGACCCGUCCAAGUGCUCCUCGGGGGACCUCCCGGAGCACCAGAGCAACCUGAAAAUGUGCUGCGAGCUGGCCUUCUGCAAGAUCAUCAACUCGUACUGCGUUUUCCCGCGAGAGCUGAAGGAGGUUUUCGCGUCGUGGCGGCAAGAGUGCGGCAACCGCGGCCGGCCGGAGAUCAGCGAGCGGCUGAUCAGCGCCUCGCUCUUCCUGCGCUUCCUGUGCCCGGCCAUCAUGUCGCCGUCGCUCUUCAACCUGAUGCAGGAGUACCCCGACGACCGCACGGCGCGCACCCUCACGCUCAUCGCCAAGGUCACGCAGAACCUGGCCAAUUUCGCCAAGUUCGGCAACAAGGAGGAGUACAUGUCCUUCAUGAACCAGUUCCUGGAGCAUGAGUGGAGCAACAUGCAGCGCUUCCUGCUGGAGAUCUCCAACCCGGAGACCAUCUCCAACACGGCGGGCUUCGAGGGCUACAUCGACCUGGGCCGCGAGCUCUCCACGCUGCACUCUCUCCUCGCCGAGGUCCUCUCCCAGACGGAGCAGGUAGCGCGACGCCGCCUCCUCGCCCAUCGCGUGAUCAUGUGGGCGGUACCGAGCGACGGGGUCCAAGUUGAGACGCGUUCGUGUCCCCACGAACCUCGCCCUCGUGUCACGUUUGUUCCCGUUGUCGCUCCAAAAUGCGCACGGGUCAAUUUGACCCGCCGGUUCGUUUCAUCGUCCAAAAGGUCCCAAAGCGUGAACGUUUACGUCUUCAUUGGCUUCAAGAGCGAACAUGUCCGCAAAGAUGUUUUGGACUGAAUAUUUAAAAUGGGUGACUUGUUUGUCACGAAUUGUUUCAGGUUCCUC